AUGGAUUCAAAGAAUUAAUGGAAUUAAAAAUCAUCAGUAUAAGAAUUUGGAAUACAAAAAUCAAGUUUGGCAAAACCAAUGCACCAAUAAGUUAAGCCAGCAUAAUAGGUGCUUCCUAAGAAUGAAUAAGAUCAGAAUCAACUUGUACGUCGAGUGACUAAACGAAAUAUUGCAAUAAAAAAGUCAAUAGCUACAGAUGAAGGAACAAUCUAUGAGACAUUUGAACCUUUAAUGAAGCCAUAGACUCCUUAAGAUAUUGGAUUUAUAGUAAAAUGUUUUUAAUCACAUUUUGUGUUUUCAUCCAUGAAUGAAACUUAAUUGUAAGAUUGAUAAUUAAUUGUAGAAUACAAUUAGCAAAGAGCAUGUUCUAUUGUAGAUUAGUGAUUGGAUAAACUAUAAUAAAAUAAGGAGAUGGAGCUAGUUCAUUUUUUGUAUUGGAAAAGGGAAAGAUAAAUGUGUUGGUUGAUGGAAUCUCUAGAAAACAAUUAAGUUAAGGUAAUGGAUUUGGUGAAUUGGCAUUACUAUACAAUGCACCAAGAUCAGCAACAUGUGUGGCUAUGGAAGAGUGUUUUUUAUGGGGAAUAGAUAGACAUACCUUUAGAAAAAGUGUUGAAAACGUUAUGAGGAGUGAAUAAGAGAAAAAUAGAUAAUUAUUAGAAUAAGUUAAGUUUUUCAGUAAUAUAUUAAAUUGAAUAAUUAGAUUAAUUAACAAAGGAUUAAAAAGAUGCAAUUGCAGGAGUGUUGAUUCUAUAAAAGUUUAAUUAAAAUGAAGUUAUUGUAAAUGAAGGAGAUCAAGCUAGUUCAUUCUAUAUUAUAGUUGAAGGCAAAUGUGGAGUGUUUAAUAAGGAAAAUGUUUAGAUUUCAACUUUAAAUCCAAAAGAUUCAUUUGGUGAAUCUGCAUUAAAACAUGAUAAUUAAAUUAGAAUGAUGACUAUUAAAGCAAUUGAAAAGGAUACCAAAGUUGUUGCUUUGGGAAAAGAUAUGAUUACAUAAAUUUUAGGAGAUAAAGUGUAAUAUAUAAUUUAUAAGAAUAUAUGUAAAUGGGCAUUAAAUAGAUCAAAUUUAUUUGGAAAAGUUCCUGGAAGCAUUUAAGAUAAGUUACUUGAAGGAGUUAUUUAUAGAAAAUAUGUACCAGGAUAAAAGAUAAUAAAUAAAGGAGAUAAAGUUGGAUAUUUAUAUAUAGCAUUAGAAGGUAAUGUUUUAGAUGAACAAAAGAAGAUUAUUACUCAUAAUAUUUUAAAUGAAGAAUCAUUAUAUGAUGAAGUAGCAAAUACUAAACAUUUAUAAUCAUUUGUAAUGGAAAUGGAAGGACAUGUUGCUGUAAUUGAUUAUGAUAAAUUUCGUAAUACAUAUGGAAGUGUUGAAAAACUAUCAGAAAAUGAUUAAAAUAAUGUUUACUCAAAAGAAUAUUAAUAAUCAAAUGAUUUAGUCAAAUAAUUUUAAUUGAAAGAGUUGAUUUUCCUAAAUAAGCUUGGAUCUGGAUAGUUUGGAUCAGUGUAUCUUUGUAAAAAUAAAAAUUUGGAUACUUUAUUUGCACUCAAAUAUGUUACAAGAGCUCAUAUACAAUAAUAUGGAAUAUAAAAACAUGUCUAAUAGGAAAAAGCAGUCUUAGAAAUGAUGAAUCAUUAAUUUAUACUUAAGUUUUAUCGUUCAUUUAAGGAUGGAGAAAAUAUUUACUUUCUUACUGAAUAUAUACCAGGUGAAGAAUUGUUUGAUGCAAUAAGAGAAAUUGGAUUAUUAGGUAAAUAUGACUCACAAUUUUAUACUGCACAAAUGAUUCUUUAAAUGGAAUAUUUACACACUGUCCAUCAAAUUGUAUAUAGAGAUAUUAAACCUGAAAAUAUUAUGGUUGAUCAAUUUGGUUAUCUUAAAUUAAUUGAUAUGGGAACUGCAAAAAGUUUAAAAAAUGUUUGUAAUUAUUAUUCAUCAAAUUAAUAGCUCCUCCAAAAACAUUUACAAUAAUUGGGACACCUCAUUAUAUGGCUCCAGAAGUUAUUUCUGGUAAGGGUUAUGGAUAUUUUUCUGAUUUAUGGAGUGUUGGAUGUUGUCUAUAUGAAUUUUUAUGUGGAGGUUUACCUUUUGGAGAAGAUUAAGAUGAUCCUUUCGAAAUAUAUAAAGAGAUUGUUAAGAAUCCCAUACAUUAUCCAUAAUAUAUUACUGAUAAAACAGCUUAAACAAUUAUUGAAUAAUUGAUGAAUAAGAUACCUGAAUGCAGAUUGGGAGGAUCUUAUUCAUCUCUUAAAAACAAUUAAUGGUUUUCAGACUUUGAUUGGGUAUUAUGAAAUUAUUAUAUUUUUAGAAUAAAUUGCUUAAGCGUUAACUUUAACCUCCAUUAAUACCUAAAAAAGAAAAAUUCAUGAAUGAAUCAUAAAUUGAAGAAUAAUUGAAAAAGAAUAUUUUGGUUAUUGAUUAGAUCUAAAAAGAUACAAUGGGUUCAAAAAAAGUAUUUGCAUAACCAAAAGACACAGAAUGGGAUUCAGUAUUUUGAUUAUAAAUU